AUGUAUAGACUCCACGGUCUAGCACUCACCACCAAAACUCUCCACCCUCACCACAAACGCCGCUUAUUCUCUCAAGCUGCCGCAGCUAUAACGGAAGAACCACCCACAAUCCAAACCGCCCCACUCGAUGGAUUCCCAAAAACCGGCCCAUUAGAAACAAUAUCUGCAAUCCCACGCUCAGCUUCAGGCAAAAAUGUGUCAGCAAAAGAGCGAAAAGCAGGGAGAGUACCAAGUAUCGUUUUUGAACAAGAAGAUGGACAACAUGGCGGUAAUAAAAGGCUGAUUUCAGUGCAAAAAAAUCGGAUUAGGAACUUGGUUAAUAAGCUCGGCAGGUCUUUCUUUUUGUCCAGGCUUUUUGAGCUUGAUGUUAGACCUCAGUUCGAGUCCGAUGAGUUUAUUGAAAAAGUUCGAGUCUUGCCGAGAUUGGUACAUUUGCAUGCCGGAACAGAUGAGCCGCUUAAUGUGACCUUUAUAAGGGCACCUUCUCAUGCUUUAUUGAAGGUUGAUAUUCCCCUUGUUUUCAGGGGAGAUGACAUAUCUCCUGGACUUAGGAAAGGUGCAUAUUUGAAUACUAUUAAGAGGACUGUGAAGUUCUUUUGCCCUGCUGACUUGAUUCCUCCAUAUAUUGAUGUGGACCUUAGCGAAUUGGACGUGGGCCAAAAGUUGCUCAUGGGAGACCUCAAGGUACAUCCAGCUUUGAAGCUUGUUCAGUCAAAAGAACUACCUGUUGUUAAGAUCAUGGGAGGCAGGGUUUCUGACAAGAAAUCUAAAUAA